AUGAGUCUGGACCAGAGCUCCAUGCUGAGCGGCCAACACGAGCUCUUCGGACGUAUCUCCAGAGCCGUCGAAAACCUGAGGAAGAUGGGUCAGGCGAACAUCACCCUCUCGACCGUUGAGCACCGCAUCCGCAUCCUUGAUGACCUGUGGGCAAAGUUCGAGAGUCAGCACGACUUAAUUCGAGCCUGCUAUAAGGACCUCUACGCUGAGACUUACUGCCGCGUAUAUUGGAACGGAUUUACAGUGCUGCCAGUACUGCGAGUGAAUAGCGAAACGCACCCUAAGUCAGUGAUCGGUGAGCAGUCGUCCAUCUCGAAAGUCGAACAGCUGCACUAUCUGCGUUCAUGCCUCAAGGGGCCGGCUGAAAACGUAAUAAAAUCAUUAACUAUUACGGGCGAAAAUUACGAUCGUGUGUGGGAGCUGCUCUGCCAGCACUACGAAAAUAAGAGGGAGCUGAUACGCUCCAACUUCGCCACGUUUACCGCCGUGGCGAAGAUGAAAGCCGCUACUGGCGACGAACUCAGCCGCGUCCAGAACGCUGUCACGUCCGCCGUCGCAAUGCGCAAGAGAGUAUCGGGAGUCGAACUGUUCGACCCGCGAACGCGUCUGGAAUGGGAGUCCUCCUCGGGAGACUCCUUCGAACCGCCGACUCACGCUACGCUGAUGACUUUCAUCAACAAACGGAUCCUCACGCUGAACGCAGCGAAUCCGAAGACCACUAAACCCGCGAGUGAACAAUCACGGUCCGCGAAAACUCACGUCGCGAAGCGUUCCGAGCCUUCUCAAUGUCCGCUCUGCAAGGGGAAGCACUCGCUCAUGGGGUGCCCCGACUUCAAGGCCAAGGUGGCCAGCGAGAGAAAGACAGUGGUCGAGACUAAUAAGCUCUGGUUCAACUGUCUCGGCAAUCAUCAGGUGGCGGGCGAAGUGCAAGUCAACCCGGAACUGCUUCACGUGCAACGCGCGGCACCACUCGAUGUUGCACGACGCGGCUCCGAAGUGUCGAUCGUGUCGGAGUCCCUGGUGCAGCGACUACGCCUGCCGCGAUCGCGCACGCGAGUGUCUAUCUUCGGCAUCGGCGGCUCCCAGUCGGGCUCCACGCGAGGCAAGGUGUCCCUGACCAUCAAGUCGAAGACCACCGGAGCCACACUCACCGCCGUCGCGUUCGUGCUUCCGCGUCUCUCGCUCUACCAGGGCGCCGCGAAUAAGUGCCGCACCUCGUGGCCUCACCUACGAGGGCUUCCUCUGGCCGACCCUCGUUUCGCCGCCAACGACCCAGUCGAGCUGCUACUGGGCGCCGAGGUGUGCUUGACCAUCCUGGAGGAUGGUCUCCGCCGAGGCGAACCGCAAACGCCGAUCGCUCAGAAAACCAUCCUGGGAUGGAUUCUUUCAGGGGGCUGUGGUGCGACCCUCCACUGUCACCACAGCUCACUCCAGUGUACCGCCGACCAUGACUUGGCCGAGCUGGUACGCCGUUUUUGGGAGCAAGAGAGCGAGCCUCCCGCUUCCGUCACGCUCACUCCCGAGGAAGAGGAGUGCGAGCAACAUUUUGUACGCACCCACGAGCGCACACCCGCUGGCCGGUACGUUGUCCGACUGCCGUUUGCCUCGACGCCGAAGCACCUCGCCGAGACCCGCAAGCCCGCUGAGCGACUGCUCACGGCCAUGGAACGCAACCGUAGCACCGUCAGACGCGGCGUGUGCUACCUGCCACACCACAGCGUGUUGAAGGAAGCCAGCACUACCACCAAACUGCGCGUAGUGUUUAAUGGCUCGCAACGCACCAGCUCCGGAGACUCGCUCAACGACCACCUCUUCGCAGGCGCAAAUCUCCUGCCGGCACUUGCUGACGUGCUCUUGCGUUGGCGUCGGCACCGCUACGUGAUGAUCACAGACAUCGAGAAGAUGUAUCGCCAGAUCAUCUUCCACCCGGAAGAUCGUGACCACCAGCGGAUCCUGUGGCGAAGUGCCGUCGAACAACUCGUGCGAGUUCUCCGCCUGACGACGGUCACUUAUGGCCUCACGUGCUCACUGUGGGUCGCGAUUUGCACGCUAUUGCAACUCGCCAAAGACGAAGGGACUCGGUUUCCGCGCGGCGCGAUUGCUCUCGAGGACGACAGAUACGUGGACGAUGUCGUGACCGGAGAGGACACUAUCGACGACGCGGUCGCCGUGCAAACCGAACUGCGCGAACUCUGCACGGCGGGCGGGUUUCCGUUACGCAAGUGGGCCGCGAACUCCGAGGACGUUCUCGUCGACAUCCCGCAGGAGCACCGCCUUAAACGCGCCCUCCACGUGUGGGAAACAGACGGUCACUCCACUCUCGGCCUCCGCUGGCACCCGACGGAAGACGAAUUUUCCUUCGCGAUUCAUUCGCGCACAAUCACCGUGUUCACAAAGAGGCGCGUCCUCUCGGAAACCGCACGCUUAUUUGAUCCAUUGGGGUGGCUCACCCCCGUUGUGAUCCGAGCGAAAAUCCUCAUCCAGUCCACAUGGCUGAAAGGGCUGGACUGGGACGCCCCUCUUCCGUCGGCCGACGCUCAACAAUGGGGGAGCUUCCUGGAGGAGCUUCCGCGGCUUGAACUCGUUCGCGUGACCCGCUGGCUCGACAGCGGAGCAGAUUCACGAGUCGAGAUCCACGGUUUCGCCGACGCGUCCGAGCGAGGCUACGCCGCGGCCGUCUACCUCCGCGUCAUGAGGAACGGUUCUGCUACACUGCACUUGCUCAUGGCAAAGAGCAAG